AUGAUCUUCUCCAAUGCCCUUCGGGAUGCAGUAACAUCCCUCAAGACGACGAAGGGAAGUUAUUUUGAUCUUAUAAUUGAAAACGCUCCGGCAGAAUGCACUUCCCAGCCUCAGCGGCUCCACGCGAUUCUCGAGAGUCUUCGAAGAGAGACGUUUCUUGACAUCUUCAAGACUCUCAGCUUUCCUGGCCCUAUCGUGAAGAUGUUCGACGAGUUGGUCGUAUUUUCAUCGAUGUGGAGGGUUUACGGUGAUGCUUAUCCGCAGGCAACGCCUCGGAUACUCGAAAGGUCAUUCUUCCAAUUCUUCCAUUUUCCUGAAAAUGAAGCUGCGAAAUUGAAGAAAAUCGAAAAGUUAUUGUAA